GGCACUUCUUUAAAUCAUACUAACAUUAUUACUUUUUCUUUUUUCUUUUUUCAACUGCAGAGGAAGCUUGUUUCCAGUGGAUAAGUUUGGUUGUGAAAAGGCAAAAUAAACUUAUUUACAUGGAAAAAAAAUACAUGAUUAUAGUCUGUCGUAGGGCCAAAGAGCUAUGUAAUCAUUCAUUAUAGGAAAAAGGUAUCAUAUCUCUUGAUUGGAUUGCCUUAUUUCAUCUAUGCUUUUUGAUCUAUGCUUCCUGAACGAGUUGAUCUUUUUAAAAUAAGGACUGCUUUUUGGUUUUUGAUGAAAGGGCAAAGCGGUCAUUGAAAAAAAUUGGGGGCGGAAAAGAAGAUAGCGCCCAAGUACGAGUGAUUUCUUCCUCUUUUCCGCAUUUGCAAACAGAACUUACAACAUGGCUCACAGCAACGUUUGGAACUCUCACCCCAAGACCUUCGGUAAAGGCUCUCGUCAAUGCCGUGUCUGCGCUCACCGUGCUGGUUUGAUCCGCAAGUACAACCUCAACAUCUGUCGUCAAUGUUUCCGCGAAUACGCCAACGACAUUGGUUUCCACAAGUACCGUUAAAAUGGAACACUGUUUCCAUACGUCUGUACUUUCCUUCUAACAUGAUCGUAUUUUGAGCAUUUUAUUCAAUAAAAGCCAAAACAAGAAACUAUGGCAUAGAAG